GUAUACUAUAACCGCAAUCCCACUCCCCGCCCGGAGAAACCGCGCCUGCUCAGUCAUUUUCCCCUCUCCGGUUUCUCCUUCACCGUGUCCUCCCCGCAAGUGUCGGCUUUUGCGCUGCCCGUAGUGAACCUCUUUUCCUGUCGCGAUACAAGAAAGAAAGCAUGGCUGUACCUCCAGCGUACGCUGACCUUGGAAAAUCAUCCAAGGACAUUUUCAGCAAGGGCUAUGGGUUUGGGCUGGUGAAACUGGACCUGAAGACCAAGUCGCAGAGUGGAGUCGAGUUCAGCACCUCUGGCUCCAGUAACACAGACACGGGCCGGGCCGCUGGUCACCUGGAGACCAAGUACAAGGUGCAGGACCUGGGCCUGAGCUUCAGCCAGAAAUGGAACACGGACAACACCCUGGCAACGGAGGUCACGCUGGAGGACCAGCUGGCUCAGGGCUUGAAGCUGACCUUUGACACAUCAUUUGUCCCAAACACAGGGAAGAAGAGCGGGAAGCUGAAGACCAGCUACAAGCGGGACUACGUGAACCUGGGCUGCGAUGUGGACUUCGACCUGGCGGGGCCCACGGUGCACGCCGCCACCGUGCUGGGGUACGAGGGCUGGCUGGCCGGGUACCAGAUGGCCUUCGACACCGCCAAGUCCAAACUGGCGCAGAACAACUUCGCCCUGGGCUACAAGGCCGGGGACUUCCAGCUGCACACCAGCGUGAACGACGGCACUGAGUUCGGAGGCUCCAUCUACCAGAAGGUGAACGAGCAGCUGGAGACGGCGGUGAGCCUGGCCUGGACCGCCGGCAGCAACAACACCCGCUUCGGCAUCGGCGCCAAGUACCAGCUGGACAAGGACGCGUCUCUGUCUGCCAAAGUGAACAAUGCCAGCCUGAUCGGGAUAGGAUACACACAGAGCCUCCGGCCAGGAGUGAAGGUGACCGUCUCCGCCCUGGUUGAUGGGAAGAACGUCAGCGCUGGGGGCCACAAGGUUGGACUGGGCUUCGAGCUGGAGGCGUAGAGCUGGACAGGAGAACCCAACAUGAGCAACAGAGUGAAACAAGUUCAGAACCUGUCCUAAGUCCAAAAAAUUACCCCUGAACCCCCCCAUGUCCCCCGGCCCACACACACACACACACACACUCAUACACCGGUGUUCCAGCCUUAACUGUCAAAGCCUCCCCCUACCCCCACUCCCACCCCCCUUCCAUGGCCUCUGCUGUAGCCUGGACCUUCUCACUGACUGACAACAUUCUGCUCCCUUUGGGACAGGGUUUAAAAGUUUUAAAAAUUCAUCCAAACUCUAGGGGUAUGUUUACAAAGCAGUCAUCAUUCAUGAAGGGUAAAGGCACCUGUAAUUGGUUAACCUGCGCAGAGGUAGCUGCAGUGGAAAGAGUUGUUUGUGUCUUCACAGAAACAGAGAGGGCUGUUGGCAUGUUCAGUGUAUCGCCCCUUUGUGAAUGUACCCCUGUCUGUCCCGUUAUAAACCACAAGGGGGUGCACUAUUUUCAGUUAUUCUAUAAUUAUUUUAAUCAUAAGCUUAUCCUGUGUAUGAGAGAACACAUAUGACGUCCCAAUUUUUUAAUGUUGGUUGGUCAUGUUUUGCACAUCGUAAUUCACUUUGAUUUAUUUAUGUGUUGCCUGCUGUAACCUAAUUAAAUCCCAUUGUGAGAAGGAGCUGAAUAUUUGUUUGAGGCAAACCAUUUUAACAGCGUAAAAACAUCUGACACGGAAAGAAGCUAGGAGUCAUUUUAAAAUGGAAACUAAACUUGAAAUGAACCUGUCUGCCAAUACCCUUUUGACUGAAGUGCCCCUGCAUAAGGUAUAGACACAACCAUUCAGAGCCAAAAUGGUGGCUGUUUCAAAAAACUGCAGCUUUAGAUGACUGUACUGCCUCACGGUUUCUGACUACUAAUAUUUUAGCCAUUUUGUAAGGACAGGAAGCAAAAUGAGCUCUAUAUAUAUAUAUGGGAAAAGUUUGGAUGAAGAAACAAAUACCUCUCUAUCAGUAAAACCACCUUCACUGGAUGAGGAUACAAAUGCCAACACAAACUGUGUAAAAUAAACAUGUACAAUACACUGUUACUGCCCUUCCAGAGUGGGUUGUUGCUUGUACUGGAGUACCAUCUUCCUGCUGAUAACACAACGCAAAUCAUUACCCCACUGCACUGGGAAAUGGGCACUGGGAAAUGGGCACACUGCAAAUAGACCAUGUAUAUACUAUGUGGAAUUUGGCACUUUUCUGGUUUUCUGUUUAAUCUCAUCCUCCUUUAGUAAACGGUCAUUUUUUAUGCUUUCUUUGCAGCAUCUUGAACGUGUACACAGGUACAGAACUGUACCUUUCACCGCUAAGAUGAUCAUUAUAUCUUGUCAUUUUCAGUAUGAUUUUUGACAUUUGGUAAGGUUGUGUGUUUAAGUGUAAUACCUCUCUGUGUUUGUUUUUGUCUGACUCCAAUUAACAAAAAUUAUAAUAAAAACACUAUCUUGA